AUGCGUAGCAGCAAGCUCACCAAGUCCAGCAGCGACUAUGCGCUCAGCUCCCUGCAGUCGCGCACGCUGCAGCCAGUCGAGGAGGCCUCCCCGCUAAGCAUCUGGCCCGGCGGCUGGAUCCUCUACGAGAUCUCCACCCGCCCGUGGCUCUACACCCUCACCAAGAAGUACAAGCGCCCCAUCACCAAGCUCAACGAUAUCCCCGACGAGGAGUUCCUCGCCCUCAAGGACAGGGGAGUGGACAUGGUGUGGAUGAUGGGCGUGUUCCAGCUGGGCGCGUACGGCCUCAAGUACGACCGUACCAACGUCAACCAGGUCAACGGCUAUCGCCAGCUUCUCCCCGACUACACCGAGCAGGACGUCAUCGGCAGCCCCUACGCCAUUGUCGACUACCACUGCAACUCGCAGCUCGGCACCGACGAAGACCUGCGCAACUUCCACAAGCGUCUCAACUCGCUGGGCCUCUACCUCAUGCUCGACUUUGUGCCCAACCACACCGCCGUUGACUGCGAGUGGGCCAAGACCGACCCCAACUUCUACGUGCGUUCCCCCAAGGACUCGCAAAAGCCCUACUCCGACGCCUACCACCCGGAGUCCGGCAUCGCGUACGGCAGCUGCGGUUGGGGCGCUUGGCAGGAUACCCUCCAGCUGAACCACUGGAAUCCCGAGCUCGCUAGACUUAGGACCCAGGAGCUCUGCCAUGUGGCGUCCAUGUGCGAUGGCAUCCGCUGCGACAUGGCCUACCUUGCCCUGAACGACCUCAUUGAACAGAACUGGGGCCACCAGCUCUACACGUGGGGUUGGAAGAAGCCCGCCACCGAGUGGUGGGAGGGCGCCAUUAAGGCCGUCAAGCAGAGGUUCCCCAACGUCGUCCUCCUCGCCGAAGUCUACUCGCCGUGGCAGGAGCUUGGCUUCGACUACACCUACGACAAGCAGCUCUACGACCGUCUGUCGUGGGGUCACCUCGACUACACCAAGGACUGGUUCAUCCACAACUCGCCCUCGUUCACCAAGCGCUCGGCCCACUUUGUGUCAAACCACGACGAACCCAGAGAGGCGAUCCACUUCGGCAGUUGGUGGCGCGCCGCUGCGGCCGCACUCCUCAGCUUCACGCUCCCCGGCGUGCGUUUCUUCUGGCAAGGCCAGUGGGAGGGUCACCAGAACAAGCUCGCCGUCCACUUGAGGAGGGCGAGGGAGGAGCAGCCCCACAGCGAGGUGGUUGCCUUCUACGAUAAGCUGCUGCCCAUCAUCAGCCACGAGAUCUUCAAGAAGGGAGAGUGGGUCUAUCUGGACGUCUGGGGCACCGACCAAUCGUGGAGGUUGAUGGCGUGGCGCUGGUCCUACGGCAAGGAGAGGCGCCUGUGUGUGCUCAACUUCAGCGACUACGAGGGAACGGGCCGCGUGAUUGUGAGCGACGCCGAAGGCGAGGGCGAUAUUCCCAUUGUUGAGCUGCUCUCUGGCGAGAAGUACGAGCGACCAGCCAAGGAGAUGCGCCAGGAUGGCCUCUUUGUCAUCGUGCCCCCGUGGUAUGGUCAGAUCUUCUCGUACUGA